CCGCCGCUUCAGGCCGUGCUGGUCGCCGACAGCUUCAACCGCCGCUUCUUCCCCAUCUCCAAGGACCGGCCGCGGGCUCUUCUACCUAUGGCAAAUGUGGCCAUSAUUGACUAUACCCUCGAGUUCCUAACGGCAACUGGAGUAGAAGAAACUUUCGUUUUCUGCUGUUGGAAGUCAGCUGAGAUAAAAGAGCAUUUACAAAAGUCCAAGUGGUGCCGCCCCACGUCUCCCAACACAGUGCGCUUUGUGACUUCCGAUCUGUACCGCUCGCUUGGUGACGUGCUGCGCGACGUCGACGCCAAGUCCCUCGUGCGUUCUGACUUCAUCCUUGUCACGGGGGACGUGGUGUCCAACUUCAACGUGUCCAGAGCCCUGGAAGAGCACAAGUUACGUCGCAAGAUGGAGAAGAAUGUUUCUGUGAUGACGAUGAUUUUCAAAGAGUCCUCGCCUGGUCACCACGCCAGGUGCCAUGAGGAUGACAUCAUUGUUGCUAUGGACAGUGCCACAAACCGUGUCCUUCACUAUCAGCGAACCCAGGGGCUGAAGCGCUUCCGCUUCCCUAUGAGUCUAUUCCAGAACUCAAUUGAAAAUGUUGAGGUGCGCCAUGAUUUGCUGGAUUGUCAUAUCAGCAUCUGCUCUCCACAGGUGGCUGAGUUGUUUACGGACAAUUUUGAUUACCAGACACGGGAUGACUUUGUGCGUGGCUUGCUGGUCAAUGAGGAGGUCCUGGGGAACCAGAUCCAUAUGCAUGUAACAACAGAACAGUAUGGAGCCCAUAUAUGCAACCUGCUUAUGUACAAAGCUGUGUGCUCUGAUAUCAUCAGGCGCUGGGUUUAUCCGUUGACUCCAGAAAUGAACUUCACUGAUAACAAGAAUCAGAAUUACACCCAUUCUAAACACAACAUCUACCGGGGGGUGGAUGUCAGCCUCGGCCACGGCAGUGUCCUGGAAGAGAAUGUCCUCAUCGGGCAGGGGACGGUCAUUGGCAGCAACUGCUUGAUAACCAACAGUGUCAUCGGGCAGAACUGUAGGAUAGGUGACGGAGUCCGUUUGGAUGGUGCCUUUCUCUGGGACAGUGUUCACAUAGCAGAUAAUGUGGAGAUCUGCCAUUCUGUUAUCUGUGAUGAAGCUGAGGUGAAGGAGAAAGUAAAGCUAAAGCCUCGCUGUGUCCUCUCUUCUCAGGUAGUAGUAGGUCCUGAUAUCACCCUCUCUGAGGGCACAGUAAUCUCUCUGCACCCACCGGAUGAGGAGGAAGAGGAUGAAGACCAGUUCAGUGACGAUUCUGGUGUGAACAAGAUUGAGAGCAAAGUGAAACUGAAAGGUUACAAUAAAAAGGAUGUGGGCUCAGAGGGCAGAGGCUAUCUCUGGAAAGCAGAUGACAAGAAUGAAGAGGAUGAAGAAGAGCAGAGACAGAGCCUGUGGGGCCCUACGCUGCAUUCAGAGGAAGAGAGUGAGUCAGGCAGUGACCUGAGCUUGGACUCUGAGGAGCCAGACAGUCGGGCUGCAUCCCCACAGUUGGAUGACAUCAAAGUUUUUCAGAAUGAAGUUCUGGGUACAUUACAGAGGGGCGAAGAAGAAAACAUUUCCUGUGACAACCUGGUCCUGGAAAUCAACUCUCUUAAGUAUGCCUAUAAUAUUGGGCUGAAGGAGAUGAUGCAAGUGCUUAGUAAAGUGAUCUUGGAGUUCCCAUUGCAGCAACUGGAUGCAAACUUGGACUCCCAAAACUAUUUCUCAGCAUUACUUCCUCUGUUGAAGAACUGGACCCCGUUGUUCAAGAACUACAUAAAACGGGCGUCGGAUCACUUGAAUGCCUUAUGUGCCAUUGAGGAAUUCUUCCUGGAACACGACAGCCUCUGCGCAUCGAUAGCUAAAGUGCUGAUGACAUUUUACCAGCUGGAAAUCCUGGAAGAAGAUGUAAUUCUGAACUGGUUCUCUCUGCGGGACACAUCUGAUAAGGGAAGGCAGCUUCGUAAGAACCAGCGACUCCAGAAGUUUAUCCAGUGGCUGGAGGAAGCAGAAGAAGAGUCGUCUGAUGGCGACCAAGACUGACRUGGUGGCUUGGCAUGGAAAGAGGCACUCGCUGCCUUUCUGGGCCGAGUGGGCAGGGCAAGAUCAAUGGCAGUGCAUGGUGUGUAGAUGCGGGGCCUGACAUCGCUGACUGACAAUCCCAUCCUUAUUUAUGUUGUGUGUUUCCAACUCUGCCCUCCCUCACUUGCCCAGAGGCAUCUUAUGUGGGAUGGUUGCAGCACAGUGUGCAAACCAGAAGGGACAAGCAGAGGGUGACAAUGUCUAGAAUCACACUGUUAGGAUCCCUUUGCUCCUAAUGUAGAGGGAACAAAUGAAAGCAAAUGUACAACCCCCUUAUAAAUCCAACCAUUGGGGUUUGUGGAAAUACAGUCAUAAAGCUAUGUUCUCUGGAGUCACUGUGUCUGGAACUAAGGGAACUCCUGCUGAAGAGACACUGGCAAGGUUGGUAGGUAGGAGUGUAUGGGCUGGGAUCAAGAGUGCAGGACUGGGACCCAGGAGUUUCCAGUGCCAUGGAAAAUGCAGCUGUCUGAGGAUGCCUAAGGCAUUUUGCAGCCUGGAAGGCACCUCUGUGAUCUUUCCGAAAGGGAGAAUCUUUUGCCAUCUGUUGUGCUAGGAUUUAACACAAGAUUGCACAGUAGAGUUGGUAAAAUCAUGUCUUUCCCCUUUCUGUAGAAUAGGGGAUAAUAUGUGCUCAGCUCCCCCACUGGCAGGGGUUGGCUAGUCAAGGAUGUGCACUGAUCAGUGAAAUGCUGUGUGGAUCACUACAACCUAGAGGUGAUUUGUCUUCUGUGUGUCCUCAGCUAGCAGACAUGGUGCUUAGAAAAGUGUCUGUUACUUUAUUUUGUUUAGACCAAAAAAAAGGGGGAGGAGUGGAGGAAGCAGAGAAGCCUGACUCCUCCUGCUACCUCAACAACACCUGUGUUUUGCUGUGAGACCCCUGACCACACUGACUUCUUUAAGGAAAAUGCAAGUUCCUAAGUUCUGCUCCAGUCUGAAAAGAAGCAAAUGGCAUAUCCUUAGGUAGCACAUCGUUGUGUUCCCACRUGAGCUGUGACACACGCUUGCUUACUCAAAAUGCCUCUUCUUGUUUAAUGGGGAACUUCCCCUCCCUCAGGUGGCAGGGAAGGUGCUGCAAGCCUGCUGAAAAGAUCAGCAGCUGCAGAGUAACUGGGCAUGCAGUGGGAAACAAGGGUGUCCCCGGUGCUUUCCUGCCAGCACCAAUAAAGUGUGGUUGCAAUAAGACCCUUAGGAACAGUCUUGGAAGUGUCUCUGUGCUGUCAACUUCCCUGUUCUCAUGAAGAACAAUGGGGAAAAUACACAGUGAGGAUCAAUUUCUGUUGUUAGAGGGGUUGUAUUUGAAUGUGCUGACCUUGCCUCU